UUUAUUAGUCCCUUAUUAAGUGAUUUACGAUCCAACGUUAGUGUUAGCUUGACACUGGUAAAGAAGUGCCAACUCUCUCUCUCUAAUGGCAAAUACAACUAUUCUCUCCCUCUUCACAUUCAUCGUUUCUCUGUCAUGUCUCUACAUUCCUUCAUGUUCUUCCUCCACAGACGACUUCGUCUUCGUCGGCUGCACGCAGGAAAAGUACGUACCCAACUCGCCCUACGAGUCCAAUCUCAACUCACUCCUCACCUCCCUGGUCAACUCAGCCACCUAUUCCUCCUACAACAACUACACCAUCAUGGGCUCAAGCACACAAGACGUAGUUUACGGGCUCUACCAAUGCCGCGGCGACCUCGCCAUGCCCGACUGUGCCACCUGCGUCGCGCGUGCAGUGAGCGAAGUUGGACACUUCUGCCCCUACACUUCCGGUGGCGCUCUUCAGCUACAAGGAUGCUACAUCAAGUAUGACAACACUACCUUUUUGGGAGUGGAGGAUAAGACUGUGGUGCUGAAGAAAUGUGGGCCGUCGAUUGGGUAUGAUGCUGAUGGAAUGAGCCGUAGAGAUUCUGUGUUGGCUGCCUUGGUGGGGUCUAGCGGACCAUACCGGGUGGGUGGUUCAGGGAAGGUACAAGGUUUGGCUCAAUGCGUCGGCGAUUUAAGCUUGGCGGAGUGUCAGGAUUGCAUAUCGGAGGCAAUCGGACAGGUGAAAAGUGAAUGUGGUGGCGCAGUUUAUGGUGAUAUGUUCUUGACCAAGUGCUACGCUAGGUACUCAUCAACUGGUGGAUCUGAUGUUUACACCAAGGUCCAUCAUCAUGAUAAAUCCACCAAUGAUGGUGAGAAGACAUUUGCUGUGAUAAUUGGAUUAUUGGCUGGAGUUGCUCUACUCAUUGUUUUUCUUACUUUCAUGAGAAGGAUUUUUGGGAACAAUGGUAAAUAAAUAAUGAGCAUGCAAAGUUAUUGGCUUCGCAAUUGAUCUUGCUCUUGGUUAUCUUUUCUCUUCAUUAUGUCUACUGUCGUUCCUCCCUCUCUUUACGCUUUAAUUUCUUUGAUUUAAUUACUUUUCUCUCCAAAAGUAGAGAGUUCAUAUAAAAUAUGAUGGAAAUAUGUACGACGGGGGCUUACCUAAAAUAAAAGUUAAAUGGAAAGAGAGAAAAAAAAGGCUAAUGAUUCCAAUCUCCUCUCCACUUAACAAAGGUGUGUUGUCUAAUAUGACAGUAAAGAAAGAGGCAUAUUCUUUUGUAAAAGGGCAGAUGAUCUUAUCUUUUUGUGACUUCUUAUUCUUCUGUAUGUAAUUGUAUUGUGCUUUCUAAAAUGUCCCCUUAUAAUUCA